AUGGUGUCAACUCGUGAACGCGCCGGAGCAGCAAUGGCCGCUUUGGAUCGGCGAAAUCCCCAUCUCGACGAUUUUGCCGGAUUACACUGGAGUGCUUGGGUAGAUAGAGCUAAUAUUUUAUUACCAGAAGGGUGUUCCGAACUGGAAGAAUGCAGCAAGUAUGGGAAGAAACCCAUAGAGACCAUGACCCUCAGGAACGAAGAUAUGCCGAUAUAUGGCCAUUGCCCAGCUCAUGAUGAAUUCUAUCUGGUGGUGUGCAGCCACUGUGGUCAGGUCGUCAAGCCCCAGGCUUUUGAAAAGCAUUGUGAGAGGCGCCACAGUGCCCUCGUUAAACCGUGCAGCCAACCCUCCACCCUCGCCCCCCAGCAGCGACCUAGGCCUGGUCGCCCUCCGCCAGCGGUUUCCUCCACCAGAGACAGGCAGAAGGAUAGCACGUACCAAGAGGAAGGAAGCCGCUUGUCAGCAUCUGCUGUCCCCCAACACAAAUCUGUUAAGGCCCAGAAGGAGGCUGUCAGUUUCCUUCCGAUGGAGAUAUCCCCUCAGAAGACUCCUUCCUCACCACCCCACCCCUCCACCCCUUGCGCAAGGGUUCCCACCUGGCAAAUACAAUCCCGGCCCACAUCUUCCUCCGCUUCUCCCUCAGCAAAACACUCAUUGCUGAGGCCUGUGACAGGGCAAUCAGAUGACCCACAAUGUCUUCUACGGGGCCCAAGGACCUACAGCCACACUUAUAAAAAAGUCUACGAGAAAGAAUGUGACCUGGACAAACACUGUGGAGUGCUGGAUCCAGAGAGGAAGAAGCUGUGUACUCAGAAGCUUAUGUGCAAUAUUCAUUCCAUCCACCAACAGCGGAAAGUGCUGGGUAGGAGCAAGAGUUUUGACCAGCUGGUGAUGGAACAGAGAGCAGGUUCCACAGGCCAUGAUCUGGAGCGACACCCAGUCAGCAGGGACCCACACACACCAAAAGACACUGCCGAUCAGCAUCCAGAGGGCCCAGAGGAGACAUCAGCAGCUCAACAUGGCACACAUAACCUAGGCAGCAGCUGUUCAGUUCUCAGCAGGUCCAGGGAGUCACUGGAAAGUGGCCCAGAGGAAGACUGUGAUAGUGUCGUAGAGGUCGAGGUACAGCCUCCCUACCCCUUUAAUCAAAGCCUGCUGUCAAGCGAGGAGAGUGAAGAUGAGGAACAAGUGGAGGCUAGGGACCUACCUGCCACUCCAUGGCACCCCAAACCACUCGGGCUAUGUACUUUUGGAAGCCACGCUUUGGGCUCUAGUAUCUUCACCUUUGACCGGCGGUUGCACCAUUUGCGGUUUGCUCUCAGUGCCAUGGUGGAGCAUCACAUCAAUACUCACUUGUGGAAGCAGCUUCCA